CCGUCUCUGAACACAUACGCCUCCCUCUCCAUCAGUCACUUGUGGCAUGUACCUGCUAGCCGGCCUCGCCUUCUUUGCCUACCUGCGUGCCACUGCUGCUCACAGUGGACACGAGCAUGAUGGCCCCCAGCCAGGAGAAACGGUUGCCCAGUACGCGGCAAGACACAUGGCCUCGGAACACCACAUCGACUCGUUCGAUGUACCCAGCUUCUUCCAGCUUCAUGACUUGAACCGCGACAACCGCUGGGACAAGGAGGAGAUCGAGGCUGUCUACGGUGUUCACCACGUGUACUCCCAAAAGAAGUCCAAGGAUGAUGUGGAGCACCAGAAGAAGGCCGAAUACAUUGUUAGCACAGUCCUCAAGCGCCUGGAUAAGAACGGAGACGAGACCAUCACGCUUGACGAGCUCGAAGCCGUUGGCCUCGAUGGGUUGCCCAGUUUCGACGAGCUCGGUGCCGAGGGCCACCAUUACGACGUCGAAAGUGAGUUCUUCUUGCACCACGAAGAACAGUUCCACUCUACCCCCGAGACGCAAACGGACGAGGCGUAUACCCACCCGGAGGACAUCGAGCACUUUGCGCACCACGAGCAGAUCGAGCAGGUCGAGGCGGAGCGCGAGGCCAAGUUCCAGGGCAUCUCUGUUGAAGAGGUCAUCGCGCAGCACGAACCCCACGACCACCCCGAGCCACAACAACACGGCGACGAGCCGCAACUCGUGGUUCAGGACCCCCACAACGACCAGCUCCAAACCCCGGAACUGAGAGAGCCCUCGGUGAAGAAGCCGCAGCGUCCCAUUCCGCCCGAGCAACAAGAUCCAGUGGUGCGCUUUGCGAGUGCAAAGGCCGAGGCUGAGAGCCACGGCGAGUGGGGACAGGGUCAGGGGGGCUACAAGCCGCCCAAGUCCCCAGGGGAGAAGAUGAGGAAGAACGUCCCGUACAAGGAAAAAAUACAGUACAAGUUCCGCAGGACCUGGGGCGACUUCUGA